ACAAGGAAAGUGUAAUUUCAAAUUACAAACUUCGCUACAAAAAAAUUCGGAAACUUGGAAUUUAAUAUUUAGUUUCAGCGUGCUAAAAUGAAGAAUACAGAGAUUAUAUGCUUUUUAUUUGUGACUUUUCUAUGGGAGUUUGAAGUCAUAUAUGCAACCCUUUGUAGGGGUAUAAAUGGAACUUAUUGCUGUUCAGGGUACCGUUGGAGCAAAAUACAAAACAAUUGUAUACCCUGUACAUCAGGUUAUACAGGAAUAAACUGUGCCACCAAGUGUAUCUAUCCUCUAUUCGGCCAAGAUUGCCAGUCAGUUUGUAACUGCACAAAUGAACACUGUGAUCAUGUGGAUGGUUGUAGAAAUUCAUCAGGGAAAACUAUUGAGAACGUUUGUAGUGGGAAAAAUGGAAGUUAUUGUUGUCAAGGAUACAUGUGGAAUAAAGAGAAGACGAAAUGCAUAGCCUGUGAAAUUGGAUAUUUGGGAAAGGACUGUGACGUCAAGUGUCCCUUUCCUUCAUAUGGAAAUGAAUGUCAGUUGAGAUGCACCUGUGAAGAAACUGAUUGUGAUUUUGUUAACGGCUGCAGAAGAUCACUAAACGUCUCCUCAGUAGUCUAUAACAGCAGGAGUGUCGACGUCACAGCCACAAGUUUCAACGGAAAUAUCACAAACAUUAAAGUUUCUUUUCGCACAGCUCUCGAUGUGGACGACAAUAAUGCAACUAAUAAGAUGUGUGAAUCAGCGCUCACAAAACGUAACGAUUCUGGUGGUUUUCGGAAUGCACUUAUUGGACUAGCAAUAGUGGCUUCUUUGAUAACAUUUAUAUAUCUGUACACAUAUCUAUUAGAAAAACACCGAACAUGCCCUUUAACAGUUAAUGUUUCCGUAUGAUUUGUUAAAGUGGCUUCAAAUAUUAACAAAAUGUAUAUGUUUCGCAAAUGUGUUAACACUUAUUGUACUGAUAUUAAAUUGUAUCAACUUACUUGUAUACAAUGUUUUUCAAAAUAAAUGUACUGU